CUCUUCUUCGGCAGCGCCGCCGAAGUCGAACCCGCCACCAGCCUCCUCCCACAACCGAAGCACGCAAGCCUCCCCGAAGGAGCUCUCCCCUAGCAGCCACCGUCGCCGCCAUCCUCCUCCUCAUUCCCCUCCUCCGCUGCUAUCGGAUUGGGCGGUGGACCGGAGAUCGACCCGGGCUUGGAAUUCCCUUCGUUGGUGCGGGUGCAGUUGUAUUUCUAGAGAAGUUGGGGGUUCAGCGGAAACCCCCAUGCCCGACGCUGAGUACGACCCUGGCGGGAGAUGACGAGGAUCUUCGUGCAGCGCGGGGUUGCCGGCUCCUCGUCCAGCUCCGGACGUUCGGGCUCGCAGCCAGUGCAGCAGCAGCAGCCAGCAUCAUCUGCCAGGGAGGAGGAGCUGCCGCUGCAGCCUCAACCUCAGCCACAAGAGCUAUUGGCUUCGGAUGAUAUAACUGAGCAUCCACAUGAGGGCAGCGAGAACAUUAGUAGCAGCGACAAGCCUUUGAGGCCUGAUGAUCCCGUGUCAGAGAGCUCAAGCUCGGCGGAGGAGAGGGCUGCAAGGGAGAAGCCUCCCAAGGAUGAUUCUAAUGUUAUUGAUCCCAUUUUCUUGGUGGAGGAACUGACAAGCCUCCAGAUUCCUGAUCAAUUUGAGCAUGGGAAUCCAGUGCCGUCAGGCACUGGGUCGUCACAGAUGGCGGGCGCAGCAUCGCACCCACCUCCUCCGCCAGCUCCACCUCCAAAACCGUCGCCUGGGAAUAAUGGGUUGCGAAGAAUUGGGUCUGGAAGUUCGUACAGUGUGCGGAUUGGAUCCUCAAGAAGGCCAGUAGCUUGGCCACCAGUGGCAGCCUGGACAUCUACGUCAGGUUCUCGGCCUUCUUCGCCUAGGUCACUUGCUGAUGGUGAAGGUUACAAUAGUGCAGAUGAACAGGGUCCCUGUUAUGCCUCAAGUUAUGAUGAUUCGGAAAGGGAGCGCAUGUUUGAGCAUGACCUAAGGCGAGUGAAAGGAUUGGAAAUCAGAAAGAUGGCGGAAGACGGGAACUGUCUAUUCAGAGCAGUUGCUGAUCAAGUUUAUGGAGACGCAGAAGCUUAUGACAUGGCUAGGCAGAUGUGUGUUGAUUAUAUGGAAAGGGAGCGAGAUCAUUUCUCUCAGUUCAUAACUGAAGGUUUUACAUCAUACUGUAAGAGGAAAAGGAGAGAUAAGGUAUAUGGCAAUAAUGUUGAGAUCCAGGCAUUUGCAGAGAUGUACAAUCGUCCCAUUCACAUAUAUUCCUACAGUACGGAGCCCAUUAACAUUUUUCAAGGAAGUUAUAAUACAGACGUUCCAUUGAUUAGGUUAAGUUACCAUCAUGGUAAUCAUUACAAUUCAGUGGUUGAUCCCCGUCGACAGACAGUUGGGGCAGGCCUUGGAUUUAGCUCCCUUAGAGGGACCAAUAAUGUUGACAGGGACCAGGUGAAGGCUGCAAUAAAAGCUCAGCAAGACCAGCAGAUUGAGAAUGCACUUUUGGCUGAGGGGCGAUUCUACUCUGAUCUGGAGUUGACAGAAAGGGAAAUAGAACGGAUGGUGAUGGAGGCUUCACGGGCAGAGUAUCUUGCCGAAGAGAAAAAGCUCAACAUUAGAGAGUCAUCAACAUCAGGGGCAGAGCCAUCUUCUUCUGCUGCAAUUAGUGGGUCAUCUCGUUCGGCUGCGGCAGCAGAUAGAGGGAGCGAGGAGUGCUUCGUACUCCCAGACACCGUACUGACUCGCAGCAUGCAGUUGCUCUUGGCGAUGGGCUUCAGCUACAUCCAGGUCAUGGAAGCCUACAGUAUAUUCGGCGAGGACGUGGACUCGAUGAUCUGCUACCUGGUGGAGACGGGAGGCUCCGGGGCCUCUGCAGGCGGUAGCAAUCGCCGGAAAGGGAAGGCUGCAGAGUGAUGUGCUCACCUCUCUGGCUUGUGAUGGGAUCGAAAUCGUUGGGCAUAAGUUAUACAGAUAAUGACAGCCUUGAGAGUUGAGAUGUCAAUAUACUUGGUACCUUAUGGGUGAUAAAUAAAAGGUACUCGCAAGUUGCGACUUUUUGA